UCUGUAGGUGUAGGAGCUCUGAAGUUUCUCCAGGAUCGUCCAUCAAUCCAGGGAUCUCAUGUUGGCCAGAGUGUUGACUACAACUGCACAACAGAUGACCCAAAUGCCACAGUGUUACUUCUAAAGUCUACAGAUUUUGGGUUUUCUUUUAAUGUGUUUCCAGUCACACCAAACAAACUUCUUUUGACGAAACAAGUGUUUACCAUAGUAAACAUUGUUCUUUCGGAUGGAGCACAGUAUAAAUGCAAGGCAACGGACCAGUCAGGUCAAACUAUUCAAUGGCCAACUGGUUCAUUGUUAUUUGUACAAGCAGGUCUGUAUGAAUAUAAUUUCCCAGUAAAUUGGGGUACUCCCUAUGCAGAGAGGCCCCACCUAAAAAGGGUACCUUUUUCAAUGAUAAAUGAAAAUAAAAUAAAAUAGUUUUUCAUGCAUAUUAUCUAAAGCCACAUAAAAGCUAAUCUAAAAAGACAUGGUCCGAUAUUGAUAUUGUGACCAGCUGGUCACCAAUGCAACUGAAAAUUUAGCGUUGGCAGUCAGAUUUUCAAGGCUAGUUGCCAGCAGGUGACUGACUUUCAGGUCCUUGUUUAUGUUUUAAAGCAAUGCUCAAGGAAUUAAUUUAGUGUUACAUAAUAACAAAAAAAAACUCCUCAAUUGAUUUUGCCAGAAGAAACUUAGCCCUCUUGUCGAAAUUUUCAAUCUCUGUAGAAAAUAAUGUAUAGUAAAAAUGAACAUUCCUGUUGAAUGACUUCCACAACAGUUGUAAUCCAUGCACUGUAGUCGACAUUUAUCAGCCGCCAUUUGACACUGCAUUGCAUGAAUAUGCGCUGACCUUUGAGCAUUGAUGUCCUGGUGCUCUACAAAUUUUCGAGAAUGGUUUACAGUCAGACGGUCUUUAUACACCGCUGAACAUACAUACAUGUACACGAUGUACCUUAGUCAAAAUGUAAAAGGCAGUGACUGUUUACAAGCUAAUGAAAUCAAUCACCACUGGGUGUUUUGAAGCAAAAAGUGCCUUGAACACUUUUUAUUUCAAAGUGGUGGCAUUUUACUGAUAAAAUAUAUGGUUUUUACACAUACAUUUGCAUACAAUUAUCUUUUAAUGCCUUUCAACCAGCAAAUGAACCAACAAGUAAGGUAAAUUAGUAGCAUUUUACAAGUGCUUGAGAAUAAGCAAACUAAAGAAGAUUAACUUUCCCUUUUAUUUGUUGCCUUUGUUGGUGCUGAAUCAUGUUAAAGAAAGUAUUUUUCCUUGCAACGGACAUGUACAGUAAUUUGUUAAAAAGUGAUGAACUAUUACAGUGUAUUUAAUUGUCAACUUUCAACACAUCAAGUUACAUCAAGAGCAAAUUAAAUAUUUGGCUUUGACUACUGAAUGUCGAUGAUCAAAAAAGGAAUUCACAAUAUCUGCUGAAACCACUCAGAAUUCUGGCAAGACUAUUGUCUUUCAUGAACAAGACUUUGCUGAUCCAAAGCUCUUGUUCUGUGGCAAAGGUCUGUCAAGUUAUUUGUAAAUUUGAGGCGAUUUCCAUAGACAAGUAAAAGGUGAGUUCACAUGAAAAAGUGGAUGGCUGGCUUAUUGAAAACCCUGUUUAAGCAGACCCUUAACCAAGGGAACAUCAGACAUAAUUUAAUACACAUUUAAACUGUUCUUCCAAUAUCAUUUUCUGUAAAAUGAACCCAUGUUAAGUAGAUGCCUCUCAGAUGCUUAGUGACAUUCUAAUGGGUCCCCCAAGCUCCCCUCAUCUUAGUUGACAGGGAGGGCUUGACACCAUUUUUCAUGACAAUGCAGGCAUGCACCUUCCCAAUUUUGUCAAUGUAUACUUCACUGCAUUCACAAGGAAUGUUAUAUGCUGCUCCAUCUUGAAUUGUAAAACUUCUGUAACUAUAGCUGUAAACAUAACAUAAAUAACUUCAGAUCUGAGUUGAGUUGCCCUGUUAUAUUAUCAGACUUUUUGUUAAAUACUGGAAUAAGAUAUGAAAAUUUUGCAGAGACUAUAAUACAUGUACAGCUGUACGUAUUGAAGACAGCAUGUAAAGGUCUACGUGUACAUAUUUUUUGCAGCUCAGUUACCCAGGCAUUUUGUGUUGAUACCAAACAAAUCAAUCUAUGUGCUGCAAGGGCAGAGUGGAGAAGUCACAUGUGAAGCUGAAGGCCCUUCAGUUUCUACCCUGAAGUGGGAAAAGCAACAGGAUGAUCAAUCAUAUGCAGCCGUCCCCAACAGUCAAGUUAACGUCACUAAAGAUGCAAAGUAUGUGAGAGCAACCCUGAAGAUUACAAAUGCCCAGUUUGCGGACGCUGGUACAUACAAGUGCACGGUAUCAGUUCCACCAGAUAAAUCGGAUUAUAAGCUGACAAAGAUAGAAGUCAAGGGUAUGUUUGUACUCUACUUCUUUGUAAAGGUUACUUUUACUGUUAGCAUCUCAUCAUUUCUGCAAUACAUGGCCCAGUGGACAGCACAUCAGACUCACAAUGCGGUUGUUGCCGGUCCAUGUCCUGCUCUGACCACUUGUUUUUGGUCUUGCCAAGAUCAAUUUCUUGGCUUGUUAUUAUCCAGCUGGUUGCCCCCUGCCAGUUGGGGUUUUCUAUCCUGUUAUUUUCUUUUUGCAUUAUUUUGCUUCUAAUUAUUGAGAGUGCACUGCCAUAAAUUAGCUGGACUUCCACUGUUAAAACAAUCCAAAAUACAGUAUUACACUGUACAUCAACUAUGUGCAUGUACAGUGAGUAUAUCACUAAUGCAAUGGACAAAAAGUGGUGAAUGCCCAUGGCCACAUGAUGGUCUGACAAUGGCUGAGUUCUGGCACUUGACGUGGAUCACUGUUCUGCUCUGUUCAAAACAACAGUUUUAUAAUAUUACAUGUAUGUCAGACAAGACGAGUGCGACUCACCUUUGGAAUCCUUCUGUCGACAUGACGAAUAAAAGUAACUUUAAGAAAUGCUUGCUCGAGAGAUACUUAAACAUUAAUGCAAGUCGCAAGCAUUUUAGCAUUUCAAGGACAUUUUAAUGUAGGUUUUUUCUUUUUUAUCUUGAUUGCAGUGUACUAAUUUAGGUAGCUAUUUUUAACCAUUUUUUAUGUACCCUUUAACUUCAUUUUAUGAUAUAUUAUUACAUUUUAAAAUUAUUUGUAAAUAGUCUUGUUAUCUGUUUGGGCCCACAAUGUAGACUACUGGGUUUACCAGUAAUUGAGACAGCCAUUAAAGUUUUAUUAUCAUUGUUAUAAUAUUAUUAAAUUAAGUGUUAUUGUAUAUGCUGCAAUUAAUUGGUACUGAUUAUUAAUUCAUGUAAAAUCUGUUUCAUUCAUACAUUUAGCUCUUACAGCACCUUCAAUACGUCCCUAUACGGGACAAACAGAAGUGCUAGAGGAUCCACCAAGGAAAUCAAGUGUGUAACAGAGGGGCUCCUAAACCAACGGUAG